AUGACAACUGUAUGUGAAGCAAAUGGCUCCUUUGCCAUCCAUCUUUUAAAGACCCUGUGUCAAAACAACCCUUCGAAAAAUGUCUGUUACUCUCCUGUGAGCAUCUCCUCUGCUCUAGCUAUGGUCCUCUUGGGGGCGAAGGGAGACACCGCGGCCCAGAUAACUCAGAUACUUGGUUUAAACACAGAGAAAGACAUUCAUCAGGGCUUCCAGUGGCUUCUCAAUAACCUGAACAAGCCCGACAGAAAGUAUAUCCUUCGAAUGGCCAAUAGGAUCUUUGCAGAGGUCGCUUGUGAAUUACCCCCAGCCUUUAAGGAGUCCUGUCUUCAGUUCUAUCACUCGGAGACAGAGCAGCUGUCCUUUGUCAAAGCUCCAGAGGAGUCCAGGGAACACAUAAACAUGUGGGUCUCCAAACAGACUGAAGGGAAAAUUCCAGAGUUGCUGUCGGGAGACUCCAUUAAUUCAAAUACCAGGAUGGUUCUUGUCAAUGCCUUAUAUUUCAAAGGAAGGUGGCAACAAUCUUUUACCAAAACACUCACAAAGGAAAUGCCCUUUAAAAUAAACCAGAAGGAGAAACAGCCAGUGCAGAUGAUGCGCCAGAAAGACACUUUUCACCUCGCCUAUGUGAAUGAAGUACAGGCACAGGUGUUGCUGAUGCCCUAUGAGGGCAUGGAGCUGAGCAUGGUGGUCCUGCUCCCAGAUGAUGGAGUGGACCUCAGCAAGGUGGAAAACAGUCUCACUUUUGAGAAGUUAACAGCCUGGACCAGACCAUACUUUAUGAAGAGCACUGAUGUUGAGGUCUUCCUUCCAAAAUUUAAACUGCAAGAGGAUUAUGACAUGGGGUCUGUGCUGCAGCGAUUGACAAUGAUGAAUGUCUUCCAAGAGGACAAGGCUGACUUGUCGGGAAUGUCUCCAGAGAAAGACCUGUGUCUGUCCCAGUUUAUUCACAAGAGCGUUGUGGAGGUCAAUGAAGAAGGCACCGAGGCUGCAGCCGCAUCAGCCACCAUAAGUGUAGACUGUGCCGACAUACGUCAUGUCUCUACAUUCUGUGCAGACCACCCCUUCCUUUUCUUCAUCAGGCACAAGGAAACCAAUAGCCUCCUGUUCUGUGGCAGGUUCUCAUCCCCAUAAAGACCCAUUUACUUUGUGGGGGAACAGUUCUCUCUUCAGCAUCUUGACAACUCUUGCCACCCUAUGAGAAUAGGCAUAUGGGGGAAACCAUGUUCCAAGAUGAGGGCAGUUUCCUCCCAGCAGCCUG